GGUGACGCAGGAGGCCGGCUGCUGUGCGGCUCUGUGGGGAGGUCGCUCGUAUUCAAUAUGGCGGCGCGGGAGGAAGGGGAGCUCGGCGGGGUUGCGGGCCAUUAAGCUGCCGGAUCGCAAAGCCGAACGAGGAUUCUGAGGCCCCUGGAAGGAGCGGCGGCUGAGCUCUCCCCUGUACCCGGCAAGAUAACCUCCGCCCCCGGGUCACCUCCGGUGUUACCCUUAUCACCGCUGCUCGCGUAACUCCUCGCCGUGCCCCAGGACUCCUGAAGCGGGGGAAACUCGGGCCUGUCCCCGGGGGAGGGCCCCUGCACCCAGACUCUCCCUCCCCCCCACUGCCGUCAGUGCUGAGGAUGCCGCCAGUCCUCUAACCUGUGUGCCUGCACCUCUCCCACCUGUCAGAUCCUCCUCACCUGCCCCACUCUCACUCCUGUGCCAGGGCAUGGAGACUUGUAGCCUGCUGGAUGUGACUGCAGGCUAACUGUGAAUCCCCUCCUGCCCAUUACUACACACUCUGACUGGCCUGGCAGAGCACACACUGCACCAGUACAGGGAAGGGUGGAUGUGCAGAGUCUGGACAUUGGCACAGGAUUGGCACCGGGCUGGCAGAUGUUGCUCUCUGCACCAUUCCUGAUGAUGGAUUGAAAGCUGGAUACCUGGAGACCAAUUCUUUCUUUCCGCUACCGGUGGUCCUUCAUGGGACCAGUAUGGGGUAUUGGCUGUGGAACUGGAAGGAUAGUUAGCAGACUGACCCACAGUCCUUUUGGCCAGAGUGUUAUGAAUCGUUGAUCGUUCUGCAGUGGAAUAUCUGGAGUUCUGGUAACGACCAGCAGUGGAUAGUCUGGAUUAGGAUAUUCCUGUCCCUCUUUGUUUCCAGUCGGAGUGACCCUCUCCCACAGCUGACCCAGAUGCCUUCAGCCUUUGCAAUCUUCACCUGCCGCCCAAAUUCGCACCCUUUCCAGGAGCGGCAUGUCUACUUGGACGAGCCGGUCAAGAUUGGCCGCUCGGUGGCCCGCUGCCGCCCGGCACAAAAUAAUGCCACCUUUGAUUGCAAGGUUCUAUCAAGGAACCAUGCGCUGGUGUGGUUUGAUCACAAGACUGGCAAGUUCUACCUUCAAGACACUAAAAGUAGUAAUGGUACCUUUAUAAAUAGCCAGAGGUUGAGUCGAGGGUCUGAGGAAAGCCCACCGUGUGAGAUUCUCUCAGGUGACAUCAUUCAGUUUGGGGUGGAUGUCACGGAAAACACCAGGAAAGUGACCCAUGGUUGUAUAGUGUCCACGAUAAAGCUAUUUUUGCCAGAUGGAUUGGAGACCAGACGACGAUCAGAUGUCAUCCAAGCUGCGCUACCCAGUCCUAUCGACAAGGUUGCUGCUCACACUCCCAGUAUGUACUCUCAGGAACUGUUCCAACUUUCUCAGUAUCUACAGGAGGCCUUACAUCGGGAACAGAUGUUGGAACAGAAGUUGGCCACUCUCCAGAGGCUACUCGCCAAUACACAGGAAGCUUCAGAUACUAGUUGGCAGGCUCUAAUAGAUGAAGACCGGCUUUUAUCACGGCUGGAAGUCAUGGGGAACCAGUUACAGGCUUAUUCAAAAAAUCAGACAGAUGAAGGGAUUCGGAAAGAGUUAAUAGCGUUACAAGAAGAUAAACACAACUAUGAGACGACAGCCAAAGAGUCUCUGAGAAGAGUUCUUCAGGAGAAGAUUGAGGUGGUACGGAAGCUGUCUGAGGUGGAGAGAAGUUUGAGUAACACAGAAGAUGAAUGUACCCACCUGAAGGAGAUGAACGAGAGGACCCAGGAGGAGCUGCGAGAGCUGGCCAACAAGUACAAUGGAGCAGUGAAUGAAAUUAAAGAUCUAGCUGACAAACUCAAGGCAGCCGAAGGCCGGCAAGAGGAGAUUCAGCAGAAGGGCCUGACGGAGAAGAAGGAAUUACAACUCAAGAUUGAUGAGAUGGAGGAGAAGGAGCAAGAGCUACAAGCUAAGAUCGAGGCCUUGCAAGCUGACAAUGAUUUCACCAAUGAGCGUCUUUCUGCCUUACAAGUACGAUUAGAGCAUCUCCAGGAGAAAACACUUAAGGAGCACAACAGCUUAGGCAUACAAGUCGAUGACUUCAAACCUAAACUCAACGGCAACGCUGAUAAAGACAAACUUAUAGAUGAUGAGCAUCUGACCAAAGGAGAGCAGGAAAGCCAGCAUCUGAAAGGGAGUCCAGUGGACGUGAAAGAUUCAGAUUUAUCAGACACACUCAGUCCCAGCAAGGAGAAGAGCAGUGACGACACUACAGACGGCCAAAUGGAUGAGCAAGAGCUGAAUGAAUCGCUUAACAAAGUCACUAUAUUAAAAGAUGAGCUGCAUCAUGUUCAGUCUGGCUCUAAUGAUGCAAAGCAGGAGAUCCAGCAGCUGGGCAAAGAGUUGGCGGAGGCCCAGGAUCUAGCCAAGUCCAGCAGACAGAAAUGCUUAGAACUUCAAGCACUUCUGGAAGAGGAGCGAAAGUCCAGUAGGAAACAGACUGAGGAGUCCACCAAGCAGAUUCACCAGCUCCAAGCUGAACUGCACAGGUUACAGGAAGAGAUUGAAAUCCUGCGGGAACAGAAAGAGAAUGAGAUUUCCAGCACUCGGGAAGAGCUGAUGAAUGCCCAGGAGGAGAUUGCUAUCCUGAAACACGUCUCGGAACAGAUGGCCACAGAAAGAGAGAACGAGAUAGCAGAGCUUCAGGGAGAGCUGCAGGAGGUGCGAUUUGAGCUCGAACAUUGGCGGAAAACUGCCUCUAGCAACGAGAAGGAAAUUAUCGGUCUGCAGGCCAGUUUCCAGGCCCAAUGCCAGGACCAGGAGAGCCAACAGAAGAGCGAGUCAGCCCGGUUGCAAGUGGAACUGGAGGAGCUGAAGCAGAAUGUCACUUCUCUGGAGGCGGAGUGCCUGUCUCUGCAGAAGGAGAAUGCGGUGCUGAGUGAGAAGAGCCAGAGGAUUGAGCACGAGCUUCGCAGCUCUCAGAAGCAGUCUAUGGACCUUACUAGUGACCUCAGUGUCCUGGAGAGAACCCGGAAAGAACUUGAAAACCAGGUGGGUUGCUUGAAAGAGCAGAGUCACCGGGAAGCAGACAACUUGAAAACUCAGCUCAAAGAGGCAGAGAAACGUGUACACAGCGUUCAGCAAGAGUUUGAAAACACUCAAAUUAAGUUAUCUGAGCUAAAAGCGACGUUUGACAAAACGGAACAAGAAAAGCAAACGAUUGUUGAAGAGCUCAAGCAAUGUAAAGACAAGCUAACACUGCUGCAGGAGAAGGGCACUAAUAGCCGGUGGCCUUGGAUGACUGUGAUGGCAGCAUUAGUUGCCGUGACUGCGGUAAUGCUGUACCCCGGCCUCAGCAGAGGCACGCCGUAAGACUGCUUUUUCAAGCCAUGUACUGUUCUCCGUUGAAGCUGACACCGCUUGUGUUUGGAGAAGAAAAACAAAUCUGAUCCUUACUCUUCCUUUUUACCUCUUAAAAACCCACAGAUCUCUGAAAGAGAACAGCAGUAGGGAAAUUGCUUUAAACUGUAAUAUAUGUAUUUGUCCAGCAGGGGAAUAAACACAUGACUUUAUUCUACCAUAGGAAAGAA